AUGGGCGACGACUUGGACGAUGGGCUCUUGCUGGACGAGCAUCUGAUUGCCCAGUCCGACGAUGAACAAGCACCUGCGGUACCAGAUGCUGUAGAUGCAACCACGCAGAAAAAGCGCAAGCGUCGCGAGCAUGCCAAAACGCAACGCCGAAAAAAGGCGGCGGUACGACAGGAGCAGUCCGAAGCGGCGCUGACGGUGGCGCAGCAGCCGUCCGACAUCCAAGCAGACUUUUUGCGCACGACGCAACGCAAAGCUUUUCCCAAGCUGAGCGAUCUUGAGCUUCAAGAGACAGGUGUGCCUGCCGCAUGCAUGGCCGAGACAUACACGUUUGAGCGGGAACGUACGCUCGAGCACAUGCCUGCAUUUGUGCGGCAAUUUUUUCCACUGCCUGACACGCUAUCCAGUGAGUGCGGUGCACCGCACGUCCUUGUGGUGGCGGGAAAUGCACAGCGCGCCGCUGACAUCGCGCGUGUGUUGCGAGUGCUUCUGCCGAACCCGAAAACGACCCAUGUGGGCAAGCUCUUCGCGCGCCAUUUCAAGGUCGAGGAGCAGGAUGCAUGGCUAUGUGCACACGUCGCGCCACUGUGUGUCGGCACGCCGCACCGUCUACAGAGUCUUAUGGAGCGCGGCUCACUGCGUCUCGAGCACACACAGGCCCUUGUCAUUGACUACACCUGGCGGGACGCGAAGCAGCGUACCGUGCUCGAAACGCCAGAAACAUGCACUGCCUUGCUGAUGCUACUGGGCCAGCGCGCAGUCCGCGACGCCCUGCAACGCCCACGGCGGCCGUGCCGCGUAGCAUUGUAUUAG